AUGACACCAGCGUCAAAAUCUUCGCCGCUCUGCAUCCAUCGUGGACCGAACAGCCUGGUGAACUGCUUUGUGGCUUCGGUUGGCAAGGGAGGUUUGGAGCGCCCAGGGUGCCACAACGCCAGCAUUGUCGGGACGGGCCAGUUGCCGUCUCAAAACAUCUGGGGGUACGGCCGCCAAGGACUAGACGGAUACCUAUGCUUGAUCUAUCCGUACCUGCACGACCGCUGUGUGCUCGUAAUGUCCAAGACAAUCGUCGCGAAUCUGCGGAGGGCUAUUUCUGGUCUCAUCAAUCUCAAGGCGGCCAACAUGAGACUCUCUGCGCUUGUAUCACAUCUCGCGCUGUCGUCCCUCGCGGCCGCGGCGGCUAUUGCAGGCCACAGCUUUGGUCCCUUCAAUAUCAUUUCAGACCUUGAGCGGCGAGAUGCUCUCCAAAACUUGGUCACCUGGGAUGCGCACUCUCUUUUUAUUCGCGGUGAACGCGUCAUGAUUUACUCUGGCGAGUUCCAUCCUUUCAGACUUCCUGUGCCUAGCCUGUGGUUAGAUGUGUUUCAGAAAGUUAAAGCCCUUGGUUUCAAUGCAGUCUCCUUUUACGUCAACUGGGCGUUGGUCGAAGCGAAAGAAGGUGAAUAUCGCGCCGAUGGUAUCUUUGAUCUGGAUCCUUUCUUCAAGGCUGCGGAGACUGCCGGCAUCUUCCUCAUUGCCCGCCCUGGUCCAUACAUCAACGCCGAAGUCGCUGGUGGCGGCUUCCCCGGACGUUUGCAGCGUCUCGCGGCCCAACUGCGAACCAAGUCGCCCGAAUUCUUGAACGCGACUGAAAACUAUAUGAGCAACAUUGUUCCGCUCAUCGCCAAAUACCAAAUCACAAACGGUGGCCCAGUCAUUCUCUACCAAGCUGAAAACGAAUACAGCAUUUCCAACGGCAAAGUCCCCUUCCCUGAUGGCGACUACAUGCAAGCCGUCAUUGAUCAGGCGCGUCGCCUUGGCAUCAAGGUUCCCAUUGUGAACAACGAUGCCAGCAAGGACGGGCACAACCGCCCUGGCACCGGUGCUGGUGAGAUCGACAUUUAUGGUUACGAUGCAUAUCCUCUUGGCUUUGACUGUUCGAAGCCGACUUCUUGGCGCAGUGAUGCCCUUCCUGGUGAUUAUUACGAGGUACACAUGAAGAACAGCCCCAAGACCCCAUUCCUCAUCAACGAGUUUGGUGGUGGCUCGUACGAUCCCUAUGGCGGUGUCGGUUAUGACAACUGUGCCGCUCUCACCAACCACGAAUACGAGCGUGUCUUCAACAAGGGUACUCUGACUGGUGGUAUCGGCAUCCUCAAUGUUUACAUGCUUUUUGGCGGAACGAACUGGGGCAAUCUUGGCCACUCCCGCGGAUACACCUCGUACGACUACGGUUCUGCCAUUCGUGAGGAUCGCUACCUCGACAGAGAAAAGUACUCAGAGCUCAAGCUCGAGGCAUUGUUCAACCGAGCCUCUCCGGCCUAUCUUGUUACGACCCCUGGUGAACUGAGCACGAGUGUCUACACGGACAACCCCAAUAUUGCUGUGACCCCGCUCAAGUCCAACGGCACUGGCGACUACUACGUUGUCCGCCACUCUGACUACCAGAUUACCACUUCUGCCUCUUACAAGCUGCGUCUGCCUACUUCAAACGGAACUCUGACUGUGCCUCAAACAAACGGAAGCCUUACGCUUCCCGGUCGUGACACCAAGAUCCACGUCACUGACUACGCUGUUGGCAACCACACCAUGCACUACUGCACGGCCGAGAUCUUGACCUGGCAAAAGGUUGGCGAUCAGACUAUACUCAUCCUGUAUAGUGGUCUCGGCGAAUUCCACGAGCUUGCCUUCAGAGGGUCGCACAACGUCACCCAGAUUGAAGGCAACAAGGUCUCGGCCCCCGCGUCCUCCAUGAAUACUGUCGUCAGCUGGACCGUCGACACCAAGAGACAGGUCAUUCAAGUCAACAAUCUCACCAUCUACCUCUUGGACCGGAACUCGGCAUACAACUACUGGGUCCCCGUUCUCCCCAGCGACAAGAACGGUAACUUUGGCACCUCGAUUAUGAACACUGACGCUGUCAUCAUCAAUGGUCCCUACCUCGUCCGCUCUGCUGAUGUUUCCGACUCUACACUCAACAUCCAGGCCGACUUCAACAAGACUGCCGAGUUUGAAGUGAUUGGUGCCCCCAAAGGCGUUAGCAAGCUCUCCAUCAAUGGCAAGAGUACCGAGUUCACCACGUCCAAGCCAGGCACCUGGCUUGCCAAACCCGACAUUACGUUCCCGGAAGUCAAAUUACCUGAUCUCAAGUCUCUAGAGUGGAUGUCUAUCGACUCCUUGCCGGAGCUGCAGCCCGGCUACGACGACUCCCAGUGGACUCGUGCCCAAAACUUUACCCGCAACUCUGUCUGGCCGCUCAACACGCCUGUGUCUCUCUACGGUGGCGACUACGGAUUCAACACUGGCACGCUUCUUUUCCGCGGCCGCUUCAAUGCCACGGGAAGUGAGACCAGUCUGUCUAUGCGCACCAUGGGUGGUAACGCUUUUGCCAGCAGCGUGUGGCUCGACGGUACAUUUGUCGGCGCCACCCUCGCCCAGGCGAACAACGACGACGCGACCUCGAACUACACGAUUCCGAAGCUCGACGCAGGCACGCCCCAUGUCUUGACGAUUGUGGUCGACAACAUGGGCCUCAACAUGGACUUUAUCAUUGGUGACGAGGACAUGAAGCGCCCCCGCGGCAUCCUCAAGUACAGCCUGGACACCAGCUCGGGUGGCCAGACCGAUAUCUACUCGUGGAAAAUCACCGGCAACCUCGGCGGCGAGGACUACAAGGACCAUUUCCGCGGACCCCUCAACGAAGGCGGCCUGUUCGUUGAGCGCCAGGGCUACCACCAGCCCGACCCGCCCCAGGACAAGUUUGUCAAAAAGUCGCCCUUUGAGCAGCACGACGGCGCGGGGAUCCAGUUCUACGCGGCCAAGUUUGCGCUCGACCUCCCCGCCAAGGACUACGACAUCCCGCUGUCCUUUGUCAUUGACAACUCGACCGCCGCGUCACCCUACCACGGCUUCCUCUACGUCAACGGCUUUCAGUUCGGCAAGUACAUCAGCUACCUCGGCCCCCAGACGAGCUUCCCCGUGCCCGAGGGCAUCCUCAACUACGGCGGCGACAACUGGGUCGGCCUGGCCGUGUGGGCGCUCGACAAGGCGGGCGUGUCGGUGCCGGGUUUGUCGCUGUCAGCCCGCCAGCCGGUGCUCACGGGAAGACAACCCGUGGAGCUGGUGGCCUCGCCCAAGUGGGAGAAGCGGACGGAUGCGUACUAA